ACCAUUUUAUAACGGUGUCGUGUUCUUGUUUUCCUCCUGAAACGGCUCGCGCGCUCACCACAAUCACCAACGUAAACCAGAGAGAGAAAGAACGCACAAAAAAGAGAAGAGUUGCAAAAAUGGGGUUACAGAUUGUGGAGCCAAACACUUGCAUAAGAGGGUGCUGUCAUAGCAACACCAUCCCUCUUCAUCUCCCCCCUUCUUCAUUUUCUCUCUCCUCCCCUAUUGCUCGAGGGAGUGAGAGUGUUGUGUAUGAAGGCCGACUAGAUGGCCGGAGAGUCGCAAUUAAGAAGCCCAUUUUGUCAACUUCCGAUGCUAUUGAUAAGUUCCACAAGCAAUUGCAGUUGUUAUGCAAACUGGAUCAUCCGGGACUCGGAAAGUUAAUAGCAGCUCACGCGAAGCCACCCAAUUACUUGUUCUUUUUCGAGUUCUACGAGCUGGGUAGUCUUGCUCAUAAACUACAUGUGGAGGAGUGGAUCCCAAGUAUUGAUCGGGCUCUUGCUAUCGCUCUUGAUUUAGCGGAGGCUCUGCUGUAUCUACACAACCUUGGGAUUGUACACAGGGAUGUCAAACCUGCAAAUAUUCUUAUGGGAGAAAAUCUUUCUCCACACCUAGCAGAUUUUGGCCUGGCAGAGUAUGGCAAAGAUCUUAAAAAAUCUUCUUUCCUGAACUGGAAAUCAUCUGGAAAGCCGACUGGGGGAUUUCAUAAGAAAAAUAUGGUUGGGACUCUUAUUUAUAUGGCUCCUGAAAUUCUGAGGACGGAGAUACACACUGGAAAAUCAGAUGUCUACAGUUUUGCAGUAUCAGUCAAUGAGCUUCUCACAGGGGUUGUUCCAUACACUGAUCUUCGUGCAGAAGCUGAGGCCCAUACUGUAUUGGAAAUGAGUUAUACAGAGCAGAAACUCAUUGCGGCAGUGGUGUCUGAUAGAUUGCGCCCUGCUCUGGUUGGUACUGAAUCAGGUGUUCCUUUGAGUUUAUUGUCAUUGAUUAAGCGGUGUUGGGAUGCAGAUCCCGACACUAGGCCUUCUUUCACAGACAUAGUUUCUGUGCUUAAGUCAAUUUGUGAGGAGGUAAAAAAUAUGGAUGAAAAGACAAAUAUAUCCGUUGAACGUACUGCUUCUUCUCAGCAAUUCACGGAGCAGAGCUCCAAUUCUCAACUUUAUGGAGAGAGUAUUAACUGGUCUAAUCAGGGAGCAGAAAUCUCCAAUACGAUUUAUCUUGGUGUCAGUUCUAUAACUCGAACUUCAUUUGAUUUUCCAAAUGAUAUAUCUUCUUACAACCCAGUGCUGUGUUGGGGUUCCUUUGCUGCAUGUGGCCAAAGGGAGACGAUGGAAGAUACUCAUUUUCUAAUGCCUUGGAUAUGUGAUCAGAAGGAUAUCUACGUUUUUGGUAUCUUUGAUGGUCAUCGAGGAGCUGCUGCUGCUGAGUUUUCUGCACAAGCCUUGCCAAAAUUACUCCAGAGUUCCCAUUCCAGUGGUAGCAGUCCUGCCGAGUCUCUUGUAAGAGCAUUUGUCGAGACUGAUCUUGAAUUUAGAAAUGCAUUGGAUUCCCAUCGUAAAUCCAAGGGUUUGAUUAAGAAAGAUUGGCAUCCUGGUUGUACAGCAAUAGCUGCCUUUCUUGUGAAAAACAAGCUUUACAUUGCAAAUGCUGGGGACUGUAGAGCUAUUUUGUGUAGGGAUGGCCAUGCUAUUGCUCUAAGCAGGGAUCAUGUUGCCAGCUGUCUUGAGGAGAGAGACCGUAUAGUUAAGGCCGGGGGUGUAGUUAAAUGGCAACUGGAUACAUGGAGGGUCGGCGCAGCAGCUCUUCAGGUUACACGAUCUAUUGGCGAUGAUGAUCUGAAGCCUGCUGUGACUGCAGAACCCGAGAUAACAGAGACAGGUUUAUCUUCAGAAGAUGAAUACCUGGUCAUGGCAAGUGACGGGUUAUGGGAUGUGAUAAGCAAUGAAGAGGUUUUGAGCAUCAUUAGGGACACGGUCAAAGAACCAAGUAUGUGCUCCAAAAGAUUAGCAACAGAAGCUGCACAACGUGGAAGCAAGGACAACAUCACAGUCAUCGUGGUGUUUCUGCGGCCAGUCACUACAGCUGAGAGGAUUUAUUAGCACAAAUUAAUGCUCAUUUUAUCAGAAACAUAACAGAAACUAUUCAGAGUUUUUAAAAAAUGAUAUAUUCCUUAUAGAAGAUCUGGCAAAACAAUGAUACCAACAUAUACAAUAUUGUCAAAAUACAAUAUGAUUCAGUAGAAAACUAAGUGUUAUGUCUUGUAUAAUAUAAUAUAUUCUGUAUAAAAAGAAUUAAGGGGCCGUUUUAGAGAUACUAGGAAUAAUAUUAUGCUUUAACAGCCACUUCGCCA